CCUCGCCGCGCCCCGGGUUCAGCAUCUUCAGAGAGUAGUCACGGUCCCCAUCCCGGAGAGCAGGCACGCAUCCUCAACUAUUCCUUCAACUCCCUGCCGGUUUACCACCCCACGGCCGCCCUUCGCCUGGAAGGGUCCCAGUUCCCUUCUUGAUAAAGCCUAACUCCCGGGUCACAUGUAGUCUAGAGCAGCCUCUCCUUGGAGAAGGCGCGGUCAGCCCGGGUUCCCGGCUCCCCAAACCGGGUCAGGAGACUUCAGAGGGCAGGGCUUCCUGUGAGAAAGGGCCGGGAGGACGGUGGUGACCUCCUGGCUGGCUCUGUGGGCUUCCUGCCCGGCGAGGACUUUGCGAAGUCACCCGCGCGAGGCCGCUCCUGGCGCGCGCGUGGGAGGUUCCGUGGCGCCGGAGGAUCGGCGACUGGCGGGUUCGGCGAGCUCGCACUGCAGUGGCAGGGACGGUCCCCCCACGAGGCCACGUCCUGCCAUUUUCAUCAGAGGCUCAGGAAGGCUCACGAAUCCUCAAGUUCUCAGGUACCUGUAGGUCAGCAGUCUGGGGUAAGGGAGAAAAGACAAGGCUCUGGAGUCCUGAUCUAGCUAACUGCAGUCACUGGAAGGCUCUCAGGCCAGAGAGCGUCAUGUUGUCCUUUGAAGACGCUGACACAGAAGAGACCGUAACUUGUCUCCAGAUGACUGUUUAUCAUCCCAGCCAGCAGCAAAGUGAAAUAUUUAAAUCAAUCAGGUUUUGCAACAAAGAGAAAUUUCCUUCUAUUGAAGUGGUGAGAUUUGGACGGAAUUCCAACGUCUGUCGCUAUAUUUUUCAGGACAAACAGGUUUCCCGAGUUCAGUUUGCUUUACAGCCGUUUAAACAGUUCAACAGCUCUGUUCUCUCAUUUGAAAUCAAGAACAUGAGUAAGAAGACCAGCUUGAUGGUGGACAAUCAGGAGCUUGGCUACCUCAAUAAAAUGGACUUGCCCUAUAAGUGCAUGCUUAGGUUUGGAGAGUAUCAGCUCCUGUUGGAGAAGGAAGACGGGGAGUCAGUGGAAUCCUUUGAGACGCAGUUUAUCUUGUCUCCGAGACCACUCUUACAAGAAAACAACUGGCCAACACAGAGCCCUAUACCCGAGGACGGGGGCUAUUCAUCCUAUUUCACCCAUAGGACUUCUCCUACAGAGAUGGAUGAGAAUGAAUUGUGAACAGAGUCCAAGCGGAAAAUUGUGAAGGAUGAGGACACAUGGGUAGACCCUUGAAAGACAUUCUGCCUCUUAAGAGUUUGGAGCGUAGUGUAGCACAGAUAUCUGCAUGCUGACUUUGGGGUUAGUGAUAGCAUUUGGAGGUCUGUGGACUGUGCUUGUCAUCAACUUAGUCAGCUCUUUGCAUUCUGGACCUACAGAGAAUUAAGUAUACACCUGUAAGGGUGAGUGUAUAAGACGUAUCUUCUGUGUAAUGUUA